UCAACAGCAGUAGCUGCUGAAGCUGAAGAAGAGGCGGACAACUGGUCAGGACAAUGAAGAUUAGCAUGCCUCAAGUGUAGGUGUUAGCCAGAGAAUACAGUCGUCUGGUAAUUUGUAAUCAACACAGUCCACAAGUCUGUCUUCGGUGUAUUGUGUAGCCGUGAGAGAUUAGAAAAAAACCCAAAAGAGCGAGGAUGUUGGUCCCCGCGGGAAGAUAAUGAAGAGGCUGCGUGUUUUGUUGGUGUGCCUCGUCGUAGCUCUCCUGUGCUGGUACCCCAGUCAACAUGUGUUUUGUUCAGAGCAGAGCUUGUCUGGCCCUGGUCAGUCUGCCAGAGACAAAAACCCUGACGGCCACGAGCAGGAGCAGGAGCAGGACUCCACGCAAAACAAGGUGGUGGAAGAAUGGACGACGCACACAUCAUAUGAUAUGGGACUAGAGACAGAGAGAGCAGCACAAGAGAAGCUGGCAACACACAUCAACAUACACCAGGAACAGACUGUGAACCCUCAGGAAGCUGAGGUGGAGGAGACAGAUCCAGACCCAGAGUCUGAUACUGUACCUGUUGCUCCUGAGCCAGAGCCCCACCAAGACCCGCAGACUGAUUUGGACUCGCAGACUGACACCCAGGACCAUGACCAGGAGCCCCCAGUGUUCUCUACUCCAGAACCAGUUCCAGCACAGGGCCAAGUGUCCACAGAUACCCCAGCCCAAACAGAAAUCUACAGUGACGCCUCUGCUGCACAUCCCAGUCUGGACUCAAACCCAGCCACAUCCCCAGAUGAAGCUGAAAACACACCUACCUCACAGAGUGCUGGCCCAGCCCAAACAGGUGCAGUGCGGGUUGCCAGUGCAGGAGAUGAACUCCCAGUAGACAGCUUUGUCUUUGCUGAGCACUCUGAUUCACAGUACGGGGUCAUUCCCCCCGAACUGGCAACCUGUGAAAACUCCCCUUUUGGCAGCCCUCUCCUCAGUGCGGAUGAGGCUAGCAUAGAAAACCAGCGGUCAGACCAGAGCCUUAGUUCUGGUCUGGAAGCAGAGGUCCAGUCUACUCCAGGCUAUGUGGACCAGGAACAACAGCAGCGGCAGGAGCUGGAGGAGAGGCUGUCUGGUUUGGACCGGGAGGGUAACACCUCCCACCCCCACCACCAAGAACAGCAGGCAGGGGAUGCCAGUAUUGCCAGAGACACCGAUCCCUCAGUGCCCAGCAAAGAAGACAUCCCCACGUUUGACGAGUGGAAGAAACAGGUCAUGGAGGUGGAGAAGGAGAAGAGUCAGUCUCUCCACACCUCAACCAGCGGCAGCCCCCAUCCAGUGAAGAAGGUCCAGAAAAACUUCAAGAAUAACUACGCAUCUGUGGAGUGCGGUGCCAAGAUACUCUCUGCCAACAAUGAGGCCAAGAGCACAUCGGCCAUUCUCAUGGAAAACAUGGACCUUUACAUGCUAAAUCCUUGCAGCAACAAAAUCUGGUUUGUGAUAGAGCUCUGUGAGCCUAUUCAAGUCAAGCAGCUGGAUAUCGCUAACUUUGAGCUCUUCUCAUCUACACCUAAAGACUUUCUGGUUUCCAUCAGUGACAGAUAUCCUACCAACAAGUGGGUAAAGCUGGGUACGUUCCACGCCCGCGAUGAGCGCAUAGUUCAGAGCUUCCCACUGGAUGAACAGCUUUAUGCUAAAUAUGUGAAGAUGUUCAUCAAGUACAUAAAGGUUGAACUCCUCUCGCACUUUGGAUCAGAACACUUCUGUCCUCUCAGUCUAAUUAGGGUGUUUGGUACGAGCAUGGUGGAGGAGUAUGAGGAGAUAGCAGAUUCCCAGUACCCCUCAGAGAGACUGGAGUACUUGGAUGAAGACUACGACUAUCUUCCUGGUUACCAACCAUCAGAGGACAAGGCCUCUAAAAACCUGCUUGGCUCAGCAACCAAUGCCAUCCUAAACAUGGUAAACAACAUUGCUGCUAACGUGCUGGGUGGAAAGCCAGAGCUGGAGGGUGGAGCAGAAACAGGAGGUAACACAACGGCAGAGGGGAACGAAAAGAAGCAGAGCACAGAGGUUCAAACCAAACCAGCUGAAACACCUCAAAACACUGCAGAACUGGAGCCUGCAGAACCAGAACACCCUGCCACCCAGGAGGACUCUAAUGUCUCCAGUGACUCGUCGACACUUUCUCCCUCCUCAUCCGAUUCACACGAAGACAGACAGAUUGUCACGCUGGUAGAGGAGGAGGAAGAGGAGGAGCCCAGACAGUCGACUGUCACCUUGAUGGAGGAGGAAGGAGAGGAGGAGGAAGAGAAGAGAGAGGAUGCGACGAGGAGCGAAGCAGACAGGAACCAGUGGGAGAGCCAGGCAUACUGUCCUUUCUCCUCCUUCUCCUCCCUAUCUCUGUCCUGCAUGGCCACCCUGCCGGAGCUGCUCCAUCGCUGGUGCUCCGCCCGGCUGGCCAAGGAGAGACUCCGCAGCCUUAGGCGGAGGCAGCUGAGCACUCAAACACAGACGCGCCCUGAUGCAAACACACCGGUCCUCACACACACACCAACACAGAUCCCUGUCCCUGUCCCCACACCUCCACAAGAAGCCCUUCCCCUCACGGAAAAAGCUCCGGAGCCCGAGGUGUCUGUUACGGGCCAAAAUGAGGGCAAAUCUCUGGGUGAGGUGGACACCGCUCACGAACAUCUCAACACCCACAUACCUGAUGCACACACUCCAGAGCUCAACAUCCUCCUAGAGCCUAGUAGAACCUCCACCAUCCCCCCUCACAGUUUCUCAGACAUCCACAGUUCUCUGACACGGCCAACCCCCACCCAUGAGGAGAAGCUGCUACCUCCCAUCAAAGACGCAGCCCUGGACCCAGUCCCAACUCCACCCCUUCAAGUAGUCUACAUCCCAGAGACGCAACAGGCCAGCAGUACCGCCCCCACCCUUACUGUCAGCUCCCCCCCACAGCCUGUGUCCACGGAGACAGCCUCUCUUGGUGUUGUGGUUCCUCCUGUCAAGGAGCUGCCUGUUCAGCCUCUUCCCACUGCAACCAGGCCUGAAGACCUCAUCCCCCCUCCCACUGAACUGCCAACAGCUGUCCCAGUGACAGACACUCACACAGACACACUAAAGUCAGGCGCAGACAGUGGGGACUCCCAGAGACGCAAUGUCCAGGCUUCUCAGACUCACGGGGAGCAGGGGGAUUCUCUCACUCAGACCGGAGAGCCCCAUCGGGUGGAUGACACAGUGGACGAGGACCUAUUAAGCACUAAUGCGAAUGGCAACGUCCACCGGACAGCUACAGACUUCUAUGCAGAGCUGCAGAAUGGGGGAGAUUAUAACGGCGGGGCAGUGAACGGGAACGUCGUGUUAUUGAACGGGGGAGCGGUGCAUGGCUCCAGCCAGAAGGAGAGUGUGUUCAUGAGGCUGAACAACAGGAUCAAAGCUCUGGAGAUGAACAUGAGUCUGUCCAGCAGAUACCUGGAGGAGCUCAGCCAAAGGUACCGUAAACAGAUGGAAGAGAUGCAGAGAGCGUUCAAUAAGACCAUCAUCAAACUGCAGAACACCUCCCGCAUUGCUGAAGAGCAGGACCAGAAGCAGACAGAUUCCAUCCAGGUCCUGCAGAGCCAGCUGGAGAAUGUGACUAAACUGAUGUUAAACCUCACCGCUGCAGUCAGCCAGCUGCAGAGAGAGGUAUCUGAUCGUCAGAGCUACUUGGUAGUCGCUCUGGUUCUGUGUCUGUCUUUGGGACUCCUGCUGUGUCUGCAGUGCUGCCGCAGCUCCUCUCCCAACCCCAGCACCGCUGCUGCCCUCCCCAAGAGCAACCACUACCCCAGUCCUAAAAGAUGCUUUUCCUCUUAUGACGACAUGAGCCUAAAGCGCAGGGUUACCUGUCCGCUGGUUCGUUCCAAGUCAUUCCACCUGUCCUCUACAGAAGUAGGUCCAGAUGACUUGUACAUUGUAGAACCUCUAAGGUUUUCUCCAGAGAAAAAGAAAAAGCGCUGCAAGACAAAGUCAUUGGACAAGGUUGAGACUCUGAAGGCAUCUGAUCCCUCUGGUUCGCUCACUAAUGGGGGUCCCAAGUGUAACGGCUUUCAUCCAUGCCUCCCUGCGCCACCCCCUGCCCUACCCCCUCCUCCUCCUCCUCCUCCUCUUCCUCCUCCCCCACUGCCUCCCCCUCCCUCCACAGACGAGGUGUCAUCAUUACCCACUUGCACCUCUAAAGAGUUCCCCUCAGAGACCAGCAGCUGCAGCUCAUCCACCCACUCUGAGGAGUCCUACACGAGCCGCCUCCCCCCUCCCUCUCCCACCUUCCCUUCUGCUGGCCUGUGCAAUGGCCACAGCCUGAGUUUCCCCCUCCAGCACGCUCCCACCAAGUCCCGUCAGGAGAAACGCUCCAUGAAGCGGCGGAAGUCGCGGCAGACAGAGCUGCAGUUCCCGCACAUGCCAGGGGGGGGCGUCGGUUCUCUGCCCAGCCUGCAGCAGCUUAUGAAGGGAAACAAGGAGAUCAGUGUUGGGACCAUCGGGGUGACAGCUGUCACCGGACACGUCUGAAAUACUCACACUUCACUUUUACACAACUUUCUACACAGACACACACACACACACACACACACACAAACACUAUGGUAGCAGAUUUGUGAAGAGAUGAGGUCUUGCUGCAUCCCAAAGAACCACAUUUCCCAGGCGCACCGUGGAUUUGAAGUGGCUAUGGCAGCAGUAGCUCGACAUCAUCUGGUCCUUAUCCACUCCUGUCAAAGACCUGUUUACGGUUACGUGCCUUUAUAUCUGUUCUAGACCUUUUAAUGCUAAAAACCUGAGAUUUAAAGAAUUGUUGGUGUGGGCAGAGAGAGACACUGUGGUGGGGAAUGAAACAUUAAUACGAGUCGAAUCCAUUGAAGUGUGUUCAAGAUGUUUUUUCUAAUGGAUAAGCACAUUGUCCCAUGACAGUUGAGCCCCCCCCCACCACUCUGAGCACAGUGAGGAUAAGGUGCUGGCCUCAACUCUCGUUCCCUCACCUACAGGGAGCAUCAAGAAGUGUUAGAGCGCUCUUUUGGGAUGAAAUGUGUCAUAAUGAGUGAACUGCGGAGCACGACAAACUACUUCUCUUAUCCUCAUUUCCUUCUGUCUUCCAUUGCCAUCAUUUUAUCUUAUCCAUUCUGUCUUUAGUAUUGCAUCAUAACAUGACUGCAGGUGUUUGUGUGGGACCAGCGUUGAACAUUCAUGUCACCAGAGUCUCUCUGUUUGUCUUCCUCUGUCUCUGUCAGUCUGCUCCAAACCAGCCCUCAGAGCUGAAUGAAGAAAAUGGCUUUGCAUGGGGUGAAACUCACUGACCGUGGUAGUCCUUUCACUCAAGUGUGCCACUAAACCUCGUAUUACAGAUACACUAGCAGCAGUCUGUUGAUUCUACAAGUUCACAAUGAAAUGUUCUAUGAGCUGUACCUACUCGAUUAGUUUGGGCUGGGCCCGAAAAGCUUGCUCACACACCAAAUGAAGAGAAACUGUGCUGUUACAUUAGAUAUUGUGACUGUGAGGAUGGUAAAUAUUACAGUGGAUUCUGGCAGACCAGAGCCAAGCUGAAUUUUAUUCCUUUUCCUUUUUUAUAUUUUAUAAUUUUUUUUCAUCCAUAACUGAGCCAUGCUCCUCUCUUAUUGUUACUGGUGUGGUUUUGUUUGAAUUAUUCUGGCAAAAGUUUUCUUUUUGAGGGCAUAGUGUACUGUAGAAGGACACUGGCCAGCAGAGCUGAAUGUUUACACUUUCGUCGCACACACACACACACACACACACACCCUACUGGGACCCUGCAGUCCAGUCUGACAGACCAGUUUUAUUUAUCUAUUUAUUUAUUUAAACGACUACAGAUUUUUCUAACAUAGGCACUGGCUUGCCAGUCUCCCAAUCCUGCAGUGUCACAGUAGAUUAUCCGUGUGAGCACAUUACAUAGAAAUAUUACAGUGAAAUAAACUCAGUAGUACUGACACACAUGGCCAUGGUGCAUGGCUCAUCAUGACAUUAUAACAGCCCCUAAUUCUGUCAGCCCCGGCCUGAAAUGUCAGACAUGUAUGACAGCAGUCACGUGUCCUACAGCAGCCUAUGUAUCCAACAAGAUAACUGAGUAUUGAUGGAGAAGACUACAUGUUGAUUGGGAUCAUCACACUGCUGCUUUUGUAAAUGUUCAGAGCUGCUGGGUGGUUGGAAGUAGUGGAAGGGGCUAAACUGAGUGUGUGCCACUGUCCCAUCGUCUGUGUGCUUGUUUCAGCAUCUCUGUUGGAUAAAGUUUCUGUCUUCAACUCACCUUGUUCAUGAUUUCACGACUGACCUACGAUAACAUUCAGUUUAAUGAACGUAGGGUGUUUCAGAUGUGAUUUUUGUUUGUUUUGUUUUUAAAUAAUAAAAUUUAAAGUAUCCUUUUCUUUAUGUAUGCAGUUUCUGACUGGCUCUGUGUGGUUGGACUUCUGCGAGCUUUGACAGAGACAGAGAACUCUCCUAACUUUACUCUGCCAUUAGAGCCUCAUUACCUCCUCUGACCAGCUUCUGCAGCGCUGCUUUCUCUUUACAUAUCCUCAUCCACCUGGGUCACCUCUGAACCCAUUGCACAACUUUCUCUGUGACUGUGAAGAAAAUGUUUGCUAAGACUGCUUUUAGUAGCCACUCCAACAUGUUCCCAUUAGGAGCCUGAAAUGCUUUCUGUCUUCACGCCUGCUUCACUGACAAGCUUAUUUUUCUGUGCAUCCUCACUCUCACUGUACACCCGCUCAGUCCUUGAUUCACUUGUCACUGCUCUUUCACUUCAUGCGUUUGCCCCACCUAGGAUGAUAAAUGUGGUCUUUGAAGAGAAGGACAUGAAUUCUUGUUAAAUAAAGGGAAUGCAGUAAAGAUGGGUAUGAUUUGGAACACCAUUAAUGUGAUUCUGUAUGUUCUACAAGCCGAGCAAAUCAUGUUUUUUUUUUUUUUUUUUUUUUGUUUACCCUUUUUGAAUGUGUAUGAUCUUAUUUUUGUGUGUGUGUGUAAACCUGUACGCAUGUGAGACCUUUUUCGUCAUUGAUCUCAUGUAUGUGUAAGUGUCACUGUUAUGAGAAAGACUACUUUAAUCUAUUUAUCCCCAUAACACAGCGAAUAGGGAAGAAAGCCCUCGAUGAGAAAUUUCAGGAGCUCAGUGUGCACUUUGUAUGACUCCUAAUGCCUUUUUUUUUUUCUACCUUUUGUCAAGUGCUAUCUUAUUUUUUUUCUCUCCCUCUCUCCCUCUGUUUAUCUCUGUGAAUACUCUGAAGAGCUGCACAGUAUUUUUUUGAGCAGGAUUGAGUUACUACAAAAAGUGUAGUGCCAUUAGAAACUGUGAAUUUCUAAAUAAAACCUUUUUUUGUUGUCUUA